AGAUUAAAAUGGUUUCAACUGCUCCCUGAUUGGUCGUUCUCAAAGUCAGUGUAUGCAUGGGCUCGGUCCUAUUAACAGUCUGCAUGUUCACGAGACCUUGGCUCGUGCAUCAGAGUUUGUACCUCCGUCAGUGACGGCAGUUUUUUUUUUAAUUCGCGACAGUGGCCGUGGCGCGAAUUGACCCAAAUUCAUACCGUUUUAUCAGUGCCCUGUAACCGAAAAUCUGGUCUUGAAAAAGCAUCAUUUUUUUUUGUUCAUCUUGCCCCCAGUGUCGGUGUAUUUGACAGGUGUUUGCGUGAUCGAUCUCUUCUCAUUUUUCUGUAAUUAUUGUGAACUUACUGCAGCGAGGAUCAAAUUAUUCUUACAGUAAACCGAUCCGACAGAAGGAAUUCCGAAUAAAUAUAGCUUUGAUACGAAUUUACGAAACAGUAUAAGAUCAUGGCUGCAUUAAAACGAAUGACACGACUGACGGGCAGUCUUAAGGUCCUCAGCGCUUCAAAUACUCAUAGACUUCAUCUUCCUAAGACUUAUUACACCUACGUUAAUGAGCCAUCUAUGCUUAUUCCUGACAAGGAACCUGUUUGGGUCAAAUCGGCGGAAGAAGCUGUUGAGCAAGCUGGAUUGGGAUCUGAUCAAAUCGUUUUCGUCCAAGGAGCUGCAGCAACCCCAUCGGAAUUGCUUCGAGGACUUACCGAAGUUGGCAUUAAAAAAGACGUUCGAAAUGUCCGGUUGUGCCACAUGCAUCUCGAAGGUCCUGCUCCAUUUGCAAACAAGGAAAAUGCAAAGCACUUUACGUCGAUCAGCUUUUUCAUCGGUGGUAACGUGAGGGCUGCGGUGAAUGCUGGAACUGCGGAUUGCAUACCAAUAUUCUUGAGUGAGAUACCAAAGAUCUUUGACUAUGGUUACAUGAAACCUGAUAUUGCGUUGAUCCAAGUGACGCCACCGGAUAGCAAAGGAUAUUGUUCGUUGGGUACCAGUGUCGACUGUGUGAGAUCAGCAUUGAUAAAAUCGAAAAAAAUAGUCGCUCAAGUGAACAAGCAUUUGCCAAGAACCUUCGGCGACGCUCUCGUGCACAAAAGUCACUUGGAUUUUGCGACCGAGUUUCAUCAGCCCCUGCCCACUCACGCAGUCAAAGCACCCUCUGAAAACGAGCAAAAAAUAGGCAAAAAUAUUGCGGAAAAUUUGGUCUCCGAUGGGGCGACGUUGCAGCUUGGAAUCGGCAGCAUUCCUGACGCCGUUCUGUCGCUCUUGACGACUCACAAAAACCUCGGGAUUCACAGUGAAAUGUUCAGCGACGGUGUCGUCGAUCUUGUCAACAAAGGUUGCAUCACCAACAGCAUGAAAACUAUGCAUCGUGGAAGAAUCGUCGGAUCGUUCUGUGUUGGCUCACAGAAACUCUACGAUUUCAUGAAUAAUAAUCCUUUCAUUGAAAUGUUGGCGGUCGAUUACGUCAACGACCCGCGAAUAAUAGCGAAACAGCCGCAAAUGACCUGCAUCAAUUCUUGCAUCGAGGUUGACCUUACCGGACAAAUUUGUUCGGACAGUAUUGGAACGAGAAUGUAUUCCGGAUUUGGAGGUCAAGUUGAUUUCCUGACCGGCGCAGCACUCAGUGAGGACGGCCUCGGAAAACCUAUCGUCGCCCUUAAUUCUACGACCGCCGAUGGCAAAACGAGCAAAAUUACGCCAGUCCUUAAAGAAGGAGCUGGUGUCGUAACGAGCAGAGCUCUUGUGAAUUACGUAGUGACCGAGCACGGAAUAGCGAGUCUGUUCGGAAAAACGUUGAAACAACGAGCUCACGCCCUCAUUCAGGUUGCACAUCCAAACCACAGAGAAGCGUUAGAAAAAGCCGCAUUCGAGCGUCUCAAAGGAAUGCCUCAGCCUUGAACAAAAGUUUCCAAUUCGUAAAAAACAUAUUGAAUUAAUUACGCGAAGUAACGAAAGAAGAAAGAAAAGAUUUAAUAACACAAUAGUUAAUGUCAAAUUACACUUUCCUUAGAGCGUUCUUCGGACGUGAUCAGCGUCUGAAGUCGAUUUUAUUGCCAUGAAUUAACGAAGAGAAACAAAAUAAUUUUGAAGUACCAAGAUGCCAUAAAAUACGUAGAGGAUGGAAAGAUUCAAUCUCGAAAUCCGAUACUGGAAACUGAAAUAAUUUCAUUCCACACAGAUGUGAUUUUCUUCUUGCCAGAAUUAUUUGAUCGGUGAACUUUGCCAUUCGAUUGAAGAUCGAACAUAAAAUAAUGGAACUGGCGUGAAAAACUAUUUGAAAUUGGAAUAUCUUUUUAAAAGAUCUUAACUACGAGUUGAAGAACUAGGAGCAGAUAAAAAUGGUAAUUAGUCGAUGAGUACCGCACCUGAAAUAUGAACUCUGCGAGUGGUACUUUGUAUAUCUUUAGUCAAAUUAUCGACAGCUCAACAAUAAAUCAGUCAAGUUGAGCGGAGUAUAACUCCUACCAUUUUAUCCGUAGCCAACUUUUUCCUUUCCGCUCGUCACUUUACACUUUGUACUUUGUUGAUGGUCAACGCUUUAUUCGUGGAAAAGACAAAUCGUUCAAUCAUGGCGUUACGAAAGACGAUAUAACAAAGGUCUAAUUACACAACAAAUGCAAAAGAUUUUGUUUUACAUUAUACAGUGAAGGAAACAAUAAAAACUUACGAUUUUUAUACAUCACCGGUCGAUACGAAUUUUGUAUAUGCAUGUAAAAAACAACUGACUAACCUAUUCAAUGUGAAACGUUAUUUUUUUUUGGACCAAACGAAUAAAAAAUGCUAUUAUUUUUUUGCUCAAA